GAACCAAAGCAGCACUGAGUAUAUACGAUCUCUUACGUCUUCUAAUACAUUCAAGAAGGGAUUUUAGUAAAAAUCGAGCACGUGUCUGUUAAAAACUGAUAGAUAAAAUCAUGGCUCUGGAUAUGUCAGACAUAGAUUCACUAGAUGAAGAUCUACGGGAUGAUUAUACACCACUUUACUUCUGCUCUGGCUUACUUGCGGUCUUGUUCUUACUGAGUACGCAAGCUUUAACUCCAGCAGGUCUUUUCACUAAUCACUGGGCUUCAGAAACAAACAAAAAUAUUUAUCACGACGAACGGGAUGUAACCUGGCAUGGGAUAAAAGAUGAAGCUGUUUAUAUAUUUGAAGUGACAGCGUUUAGCUUCAUAUUUGUGCCUCUCAAAUGCAUAUUGUAUGUACCAUGCUGCUGCGAUGACUGGUGUGCAGGGAUAUUUACGGUUUUAAUGAUGUACUACGGUGUUUCUGCUUUUUUCAGCUUCGUAGGAUGUUUGAUACACGCCAGUCAGUACUCAAAGUAACAAAGUAAAUGUUAAGAUCAACACCUCUAGUUCUGUGAGUAUCCGACAGUCUGCGGAACCAUCAAGUGUAAGCCACAGACAAGCAUCAAUGGAUGCACGUAAUGUUGGUACAAGUGUGUUUGCCAUAAUGCCAGCACAUGGUCAAGUUUCAGGACGGCCACCAGCAUACAACGAAGUACCAGGUAUCAGAAAGUUCUUCAAAAAGCCUAACAUCUAGAUAAAAAGAUAACAGAAAAAAGUAUCACUUGCGCUGCACAUAUAUAGCAAAUGGUUUUAUGAUAAAGAUAUUCCUAAUUUGCGUGAAGUUUUCAUGUCAUUUCAUAUUUAGAGGAACCGGUAAUGCUUUAGAGUAAUAUGUGUGUGAGCACCAGUAGAAAUACGUUAGCCGUACGUAUAGCAAAUCGAAAUGCUUUUUAUUUAAAGUCGAUAUUCUUCUGUUUUCAUCGCAUGACUAUGGUUCCAUUUAGGUUUUGUUUUACUUGCACACACUGCGACGUAUAUAUAGACGGGACUUCAAAUUUACUUCGACACAAAAGAAGUAGAAAUGUAUCAAAUUUGAAUUAAACGGAGUGAAAUUACAAACAAUAAAAAGGACUUUUGACGGGAUUAGAAACAUUAUCCGAGAUAGCAAGAAAUUUUCGACAUAUUCGUGUUGGAGAUCAUACCGAGUUCAUUUGCGCUCAGUGUUUUAUUUGCCAGUUAUUUUUAGAUAUUUUGCAUGUGAUAAUUUCUUAACUUUUGUAUUAUGCUUGUUUGCUCAAGUUGAAUAAAGUUGGACCCUA